GCCAUUGACCCAGUCCAACGAAAGCAUUUCUAUUCCAAACCUUAGCCUCGGUUUACAAGCCUCUCAUAACGAUACCAAAGCUGUGUUUUCCCGCUCUCACACAUACUCUCUCUCUCUCUCUCUUUAUAUAACUCUCUCUCUCACAGUUCACUUAACUUAGUCCAGUGUACAAAAGGCAAAGCUUAACACACACUAACUGAGCUCUCUCUCUCUCUCUCUCUCUCUCUGUAUAGUUUGUGUUUAGCUUCAGCAUCGUCUAUCUAGCUCUUAAGAACAUGGCAAGGGCUUGGCUAAUCAAUAGCAGGGCAUUGGCAAGGAAAGUGAGAAAUGUUACGUGUUCUGCUGCUCAUCAAAUCAAAGACUGUGGGGCAAAUCGUGAAUGCCCAAAUUGCCAUUGUCGUAUAGACAAUAGUGAUGUUUCUCCUGAAUGGCCUGGCCUGCCUGUUGGUGUGAAGUUUGAGCCUUCCGAUGCAGAGCUCUUAGAACAUUUAGCAGCAAAAUGUGGUGUUGGAAACUCAAAUCCACACUUGUUUAUUGAUGAGUUCAUCCCAACACUUGAGGGGGACAAAGGAAUUUGCUACAGCCAUCCGGAAGACCUUCCAGGUGCUAAGAAAGAUGGAAGCAGUGUCCAUUUCUUUCACAGAACCACUAAUGCAUAUGCUUCUGGUCAACGGAAACGCCGCAAGAUUCAAAGUGAACAUAGUUCGACUGAGGGGCCUGUCCGCUGGCACAAGACAGGUAAGACAAAACCUUUGAUGGAAAAUGGAUUGCAGAAAGGCUGUAAGAAGAUAAUGGUACUGUAUAAAAGUUCAAAGAAGGGCUCCAAGCCUGAUAAGUCCAAUUGGGUGAUGCAUCAAUAUCAUCUAGGAACUGAAGAAAAUGAGAAGGAAGGUGAAUUUGUGGUUUCAAAAAUUUUUUAUCAACAGCAGAAGCAGACUGAAAAUAACGAUGGCAAUCUGGUGGUUGAGGAUUCUGACAUUAUGACGCUGAGAACUAGUCCAAGGACCCCAAAAGCAAAUCCUCCUAAUCCACCACGUCCAGGAAUAUCUGUUCAGAGUGAUGAUGUUGGUGAAAAUAAUGACCUGUCAUCUCUCCAGGAAGUAGAAUUUGUCUCAGAAGCAUCUCAUGCCCCUCCACCAGAUAUUAAGGCUGAGGACAACAUGGACUACCCUGCAUGGCUGGCAGGGGAAUCUCAGGCUGUUGAGAACUCUGAUUUAAACUGCAUGAAUGAUUCAUUACUCUGCAGGGAGAUUUUUGAUAAUUAUGCUCCUCUAAAUAAUUCAGGACUGAAUCACAUCUCUUAUACUGGCUCUUCUAGCAACACAAAUGAGAUGACCUUGAACAAUAGUGCAUCUUCUGGAAUUCCUGACCUUGAGAACAUAUAUCUGGAUACUCCACCUGAUUUCCUGCUUGCUGAUUUGCAGUUUGGUUCUCAAGAUAGUGUUCUCAGCUGGUUGGACCGGUUAUGAGAUGACAUUAUGUAGCUAACCCGGGAAUUAAAUUGAAUUCCCAAUUUUGUUCCAUCCAAAGUCCGGAUGUUGCUACCCUCUUCUCUUUCCAGCAUUUUCUUCAACGGCAAUGACUUGAUUUCGUUGUUUUAGGGACAUCGGAGUUUGCCCAUCUCUGCUGGGGCAAGGGUUUUUUGUUAACUCUGCAAGGCUUUAAGAUACACAAGACCAUGGAGUUGGCCAAACCUUUCGGCUGUCUAGUACCAGAGAUCUGGACCUGGAGCUGAUACCAUGGUCAAGCUGAAAUGGCAAUGACUUUUCGUGUUCUCGCUCAAUCUCGGCUUCUUUGUCUUAGUAUCAAUGCACCAUGUAGGUGCCUGGAUCUGGUGAAUCCUGUAUUUAAAUGCUGUUGGUGCUCUUAGGUUUGAAAUAUUAAGCGGCUUGUCAUUUAGAUAUUUGUUGCUUCUGUGGUAGUUAAAGCAUCUCAUUGGAUACACACGUGGAAAGCAUGGAAGCAGCAACCAAAUAGAAACAUUUGAAACAUUGACAUUUGUUAGUGUAUUGUAAGAAAGCUUAUUGCAUUUAUAAGAAUUGGCUUUGUUGU